CACCCCUUGCAGAACGGUCAACCAAGUGGUGGACAAGAGAUUUCGAAACGUUCGAAUGGAGUAUGCUCGUCGAGUUCAGUUGAGUGUCGGUCUCUCUCUGUGUCGCAUCUUUUUAGUUAUCAAUCGAUUUCUCGCCUUUCAGUACUUCGCAAUUGUCAUUGUUGACAUUUCAUGAAAAACAGAAACUAAUCAUUGAUCAAUCUCUAAUGAACAAUAAUUGGUGACUGUUAUAUGAAACUGCUAGUUGGAGGAUCGAAAAUUUUUUAGUUAAUACUGUCAAUUAUUAUGAAAUCGAAGGCCAUGUGAAACUGUGACAUGAUAGACAAACUUCAAAAAUGAUAAGGAGAAAAAAACAAAGAGUCAUCGAAGAUGAAGAAACAUUAAUUUUGCUAUUUGUCGCAUUGGCUCCUGUUAUCUGCUCCGCCGGAGUUUUGGAUCCUUGGCAGUGGGCACGUAGCGAUCGAAUAGAAGUCAACAUUCCUUGGUUGCCGUUUGAGAAUGAGACACGAUGCUACGAUGAACUAGGCUGUUUAAACAUAACCAGGAACUGGUAUCAUCUGAUACAUAGACCACUUAAUGUCUUCCCUUUACCACGAGAAGUUAUCAAUACAAGGUUUAUUCUGUAUACAAACGAAAAUCUCAUCGAGGGUCAGGUAUUGACAGUUGCAAAAGAUAAAUUGAUUAAACGAUCAAACUUCAAUUCUAAAAGAAAAACAAAAUUCAUUAUACACGGGUUCAUAGAUACUCCCCUGAGCAACUGGGUUAAGGAAAUGAGAAAUGAAUUGCUAAAACAUGAUGACUAUAAUGUCAUCAUAGUUGACUGGGCUGGAGGGAGUUUACCACUUUAUACUCAAGCAACUGCUAAUACCAGACUGGUGGGCCUUGAAAUAGCUCAUCUUAUUAAACAUUUACAGACAAAUUAUGGACUGGAUCCAAAUGAUGUGCACCUAAUUGGACAUAGCUUGGGAGCUCAUACUGCAGGAUAUGCUGGAGAAAAAAUGGGAGGAAGUAUUGGUCGUAUUACUGGAUUAGAUCCUGCAGAGCCUUAUUUUCAAGGAAUGCCUAAUCAUUUACGAUUAGAUUACACUGAUGCCAAGUUGGUUGAUGUCAUUCAUACUGAUGGCAAAAGCAUUUUUUUUUUAGGACUUCCAGGAUAUGGAAUGAGCCAGCCAUGUGGUCAUUUAGAUUUUUAUCCAAAUAAUGGCAAAGAACAACCAGGAUGUACAGAUCUAAGCGAAACAACUCCUUCUUUACCCUUAACUCUCAUUAAAGAAGGUCUGGAGGAAGCAUCACGAGUGCUGGUAGCUUGCAACCAUGUGCGUGCCAUAAAACUCUUCAUUGAAAGCAUUAAUUCCAAGUGCCAAUAUGUGGCCCAUGAAUGCUCCAGUUACACCAGCUUCCUCAGGGGCGAAUGUUUCUCAUGCAAGAGUAACAAUAGUCUUAGUUGUGGUAUUAUGGGCUAUCAUGCGGACACUAGUCCAGCCUUAAUAGAAAGACAAGUUAUGGGACAAGAUCUUUUGUCUUUGUUAGGCUCCAAAUUUUUCUUUACCACAGGCAAGGAGGAUCCCUAUUGUAGGAAACAUUAUAGGAUCACUAUCAAUCUCGCUCAACCAUCGUCUGCAGAGAGUUGGGUUCAAGGUUUCAUGAAAGUUACUUUUCAUGCAGAAAACGGCAUUAUUCGUGAUGUUGAUCUUACACCUAGUGGUUAUAUGAAAUUGGAACACGGUUCGACAGUCCGAAUGGUCGUUGCUCAUCCAGCUGGAGCAUCCGCUUCACUUGGAAAAAUCAGGCGUGUUGAACUUUCAUGGACCUACGAUAUGGAUGUAUUGCAACCAAGAUCGCUGUGCUUUUUCUGGUGUAACGAUCGUCUUUAUGUAAAUAGUGUUACUGUAGACGUAAUGGAACUACCAGGAAGAGGAAAAAGAGAAGCAGACAUCACCAGUAAACUUUGUUCAGCAAAUAGAAAAGAAUAUGCAGAAAUUGCCAGUGGCUCCAUAGCAUCUUUCAUCGAUAAUUGCUGACAAUAUCUUCAAUUAUGUAUCUCAUUAUAACGUGAUAAUUUGAGGUUUUUGUUCCUGUGGAAAAUAUAAAAAUAAAAAUGAACCUAAUGUAUUUGACACACAAAUAAUGACAUUCAAUAGCAUAAAUGAAAAUUAUGAAAUAUGUGCAAAUAUUAAUUAAUAUUAUAUUUUAUGGAAUUCUUUGAUUUAAAA